GUAUGUUCUGCCGCUAGAAAGAAAAGGACCGGCCAUGUCGACUAAGCCACCUUCACGAUGACUCCCAAACAUGGGCACGCUUCUUCUGCGACUAAGGAGAGUAAACGCAUUCGUUUGUAUUAUCGUUCUUGUGCAGUUGUCACAGAGUGUGACUCUGCAGAAGGCCUCCUCUCUCUGCCUGUCCAAACCCUGCCAGCAUGGUGGUGAGUGCCUAGACGACCCCUCCAUCUUCCUCUGCCAGUGUCAGCCUUCUGCAGCGUCCUUGUCCAGCACGCCGUGCACCUCUUCCAACGCCCUCUGCCACCCUCCCAUCUGCCAGGGCAAUGCCACGUGCCAGCCCACCGGCUCCCAGUCCAGGGAAUUAGCAUGCCGCUGUGGGCCAAGUUCACCGAGGCACACCUGCCCUGCUGCCGCCAAGCUCUGUGCCCAGAGCUGGUGCAGCGGUAGCGUCCGCUGCAUGACCGUGGCACGCGGGGGCUCAAGGUUCAGUUGUCUUUGCCAGCCAGGUUAUGCCGGCGCCCUGUGCCAACGACGGGCAGACCGAUGCAUUCCCAACCCCUGCCGGAACCAUGCCAUCUGCAGGAAUGGCACCGAGGGGCCAGCGUGCUUCUGCGUUCCGGGCUUCCAGGGUGAGCGCUGCGAGAUUGAGGUGAAUGAGUGCGCCUCACAGCCCUGCAGGAACGGAGCCACAUGCGUGGACAGGAUCGGGCACUACGCCUGUCUCUGCAGCCCAGGCUACACGGGUGUCAGCUGUGAUGUCCAGAUUGAUGAAUGUCUUUCCCAGCCCUGUCGUCAUGGUGGCAGUUGCCAUGACCACGUCAACAGCUUCUCAUGCACCUGUCCAACUGGUUUCCAGGGGAACCACUGUGAAAUUGAUGUAGAUGAUUGCAUAGGUCACAGAUGUCAGAAUGGGGCUUUGUGCAUUGAUGGAAUCAAUAGCUACAGUUGUGAUUGCUCCCAGAGCGGCUUUUCAGGCUUGCAUUGUGAGGUCCCUCUUCCACCGUGUUGGUCCCAGCCCUGCCUCAAUGGCGCCCUCUGUCAGGACAAAGGGGGGAAUUACACUUGUAAAUGUUGGCCAGGCUUCGAAGGGCAUCACUGCGAGCUGGACGUCAACGAAUGCAGCAGUGGCCCCUGUCAAAACGGAGGUGUCUGCGUCCAGCGCUCCUGGGAGCCACCCUAUGGCAGCAAGAGCCUAAUGCCUGACCCCUAUGACCCCGUUCAUGCUACUGGCUACAUCUGCAAGUGUCCACCAGGAUUCACAGGUGCACUGUGCGAGAAGGACGUAGAAGAAUGCUCUCCCUCUUCAUGUCAGAACGGUGCCUCGUGUGAGGACACGAUCGGCGGCUACGUCUGCAUUUGUCCGUCUGAGAGCCGGGAUGGUGUCCUGUACGGGGGGCAGAACUGCACCAAGCCUCUGGUGGGCUGUGAGUCCCACGAGUGCCAGAACGGGGCGGCGUGCGUGCCCUGGCUCAGAGGCGGUGUGCACGGCUACAGCUGCUCCUGCCCGGCGGGCCACGGCGGCCCCCGCUGCCAGACGCCCACCACUUUCUCAUUCGAAUCCACCGGGGACCACGUGAGGCUGCACGCCCCUUGCCCGGACACGGACACCCCCUCAAAUUUCACGCUGAGCUUCCGCACCAUGCUCGGGGAUGCGGUGCUUGUCCGGCGGGCGGGCCGCGGGGCCCUACUCACCCUGGAGCUCCGGGGGGGCUCCCUGCAGCUGAGCUUACAGAGCAAGGCAGGGGACAGCGGCUGGAUCUUGAGGCUGCCCCAGCACCUGGCGGACGGCGAGUGGCAUGCGGCGGAGGCUGUGCUGGGUGGUGGGACGCUGCUCCUCCGGCUCCUCGGGCCCUGCCGGGGGGAGCGGUGCAGAGAGGCUGCUCAGCUGGAAGCAGGCAAGGAGGCACUGCAGUCAGCCUUCUGCACCACCCUGAUUGGAGGCCAAGUGGAGGGAGGUGUUUCAGGUUCGUUUAUCGGCUGCAUGAGGGAUCUGUUUGUUGACUCGCACCUGAUGGGGCCAGACGACUGGCUCAACGCUUCGGCUGUGAACAUCACCCGUGGCUGCAUCCACCGGGAUCGCUGCAAAGAUGCUCCAUGUGAAAACCGGGGAGAGUGUGUCAACUUGUGGCAGGGCUACCAGUGCAAGUGCCAGCGGCCGUAUGAGGGGCAAAACUGUGCUGAUGAACAUACCCCUGCCAGAUUUGGCCGGGAUGGCGCCUCGAGCUUUGCUGUUUUUGCUAUCGACGAGGAGCCGGGUGCGGCCGUCCUCACCUUUUCCAUGCUGCUGCGUACACGCCGCGAGUCGGGCAUGCUCCUCGCGCUGGCCGCCGGCGCCCGCCCGUACCUGUGGGUGCGGCUGGAGCACGGACACCUAAAGGCAAAAGUUGACGGCGCCCAGGGCGUAGCGGGCAGAGGUGUCAUCAGUGACGGCAAGUUGCACCUCGUUAGCGUCGCUGUUGGCUGGGGCCAGAUGACCCUGCGGCAGUCCGGUCUCACGGCUGGGCGUGCGGCCGUCGGACCGGUCCACGUCCGCGCGGGAGACAAGGUCUAUGUGGGAGGCGUAGACGACAAGCGGUCCACGGCUGGGCUCGGGGGCUAUUUUGAAGGCUGCAUACAGGACCUUCGCCUCAAUGAGCAGAGGCUGCAGUUCUUCCCGCGUGGCGUCCCGGUGAGGUCACACGGCGCCGAGCACAUGGUUAAUGUUUCUGAAGGCUGCAUUGGAGGCGACUCCUGCGCUAGCAGCCCCUGUCAGAACGGAGGCGUGUGUGUCCCUGCGUGGGAGGAUUUCACGUGCGCUUGCACCCACAACGCCACUGGCCGUCACUGUGAGGAGGUUCGCUGGUGUGCAUUUUCUCUGUGUCCCUCCCCUGCACACUGCAGACCAGUCCCCCGUGGCUACGAGUGCAUUUCCAACGUUACUUUUCAGAAUGGCGUCACUCUGACAUUCCGUGGCAAUGGGCUGAUUUCCCGCCACCUCACCACCAUCUCCUUCAGUAUUCGCACACGGCAACACACUGCAGCUGUGCUGCACGCCGACAGCGGCUCGGGCUUCGUGACCGUGUCGGUCCGCGACGGCUUGUUGGUGCUGGAGCUGCUCAGCCCAUCUUCCUCCUCCUCCUCCUCCUCCUCCUCGUCUUCUUCUUCUUCCUCCCCCCUGCUCCUGCGCAGUUCCAGGCCCGUAGCCGAUGGCAUGUGGCACAACGUGGAAUUCCGUAUGGUUGCCCCCGCAGCUAACGCUUCUCAGUGGGCCCUCCUUCUGGCAGACGACCGAGAGGAACCCGUCACCUCUGACUCCGAGGCCGGCAACCUGGACUUCCUCCGCGAGGGUGUGGACAUCCUGCUCGGGGGGCCGGGCUCCAGGGCGGGCCAAAGCGGGAUCAUGUGCCUGAGUAACGUGGAGCUAGGCGGGAUCGUGCUGUCGUACUACGGCCCCUCUGACCUGAUGCUGCCCCGCCCCCAGAUGGAACAGUUCCGUAAGACAUCCACCGCUUCACUGCCCGGCGGGUGCCGAGCGGAGGGCGGCGCGUGUGAGCCCAGCCUGUGCCUUAAUGGCGGCCACUGCCGGGAUCUCCUUGGCCCGUUUCGCUGCACCUGCCCCUCGGGCUGGACGGGCCAGCGCUGUGAGCUCCACGCGGUUGCAUGCCGCUGUGAAGCAGAGACGGACCCCUGCGGCCGCCGUCGGUGCGCAGAUGGUGCUGCCUGCCUGCAGGAUGCCAGCAUGACUGCCUGUCUCUGCACACGCAACUUCAGCGAGCCUAACUGCACAGGUUCCAAGCUCCCAGCAUCCAUCUGCGGCCAUGAGACACAGAACUACACGUGCCUCAAUGGGGGCAACUGCUCUGAUGCAGACUUUGCAUGUGACUGCCUGCCGGGCUUCACUGGACACCGGUGUGAGCAGGAGACAGACGUAUGCAGGUCCAACCCCUGCUUGAACGAGGGCUACUGUCUCAGCUUGGCGGGCGGGUUCCGCUGCAUGUGUGAGGAGGGCUAUGCGGGCGACACCUGCCACAUCCACAUGACUAGGGCGAGCUGGACAUUGGCACUGCCCCUGUGGGCAAGCCUGGCACUGGCCCUGCUGGCAGCCGGCACGGUCCUGGCACUGGCCCUGGUGCGGCGCUGGCGGGCCACGCGUGGUACCUACAGUCCCAGCCGCCAGGAGAAGGAGGGCUCGCGAGUGGAGAUGUGGAACAUCUCGGAGCCGCCGCCCACGGAGAGACUCAUCUGAGCAGGGAGGCGUCCUGGAGAACGCUCCCAGGUGACAGCGUCUGCGAUCAGACUGCCAAA